AAGCCGCUUGACAAUUGACAUCCACCGCAAACGCAGCGUCUAUUUUUUCCCGCAAAGGGAACUUCUAAUACUAAAUUUUCCCGGGAAAAAUAACAGCUUCUUGUCAAUUUCCCACAAACCAAACGGUCAUUAUUUUUCUACAUUAUCUUCUACCAUACGCAAACCCUAACCUGUUACCUCUCUUGUCUCUCUCGCUCCAGGUCUAGGGUUUCUUCUCUCACUCUGAUCGCUUAUGGAUGAUCCCACAACACCUUCAACAACCAACCCAUCAGCUCUCAGAAGCUCCUCAGGGUUAAAUCUACCUUCUACAAUGUCGAAGACCCCUCUAUCUCUCGAACCCGUAACCCCGUCGACCCACAUCGAGCGUAUGAUCAGUGUAGGUUAUCAGCCGUCGCCGUCGAGAACGAUUUACAGCGAUAGAUUCAUCCCCAGCAGAACAGGUUCCAAUUUUGCGCUCUUCGACAUCUCCCCGUCAGCUAACUCGCCGGCGGAGGGGCGAGAGGAUGGCUCUGGCGCGUAUGCGACGUUGUUGAGGACGGCCCUAUUCGGGCCCGAUGCCGGAGUCUGUUCCCCAGGCACGCCGGAUAAGUUGAUGAGAUUGGAUGGGAAGAAUUCUUCUGUGUAUCCGUCGAGCCGGAAUAUUUUUCGGUACAAGACGGAGACUCGGCAGUCGAUGCACUCGCUGUCGCCGUUCGGGUUUGAAGAUGCAUUGCCGGGCGUGAGUCAUGGCCCAGUCAAGGCAGCACGGAAGGUUCCUCGAUCGCCUUAUAAGGUUUUGGAUGCUCCGGCAUUACAAGAUGAUUUUUAUCUGAAUCUCGUUGAUUGGUCCGCGCAUAAUGUGUUGGCAGUUGGGUUGGGCAAUUGUGUCUAUUUAUGGAAUGCUUGUAGUAGCAAGGUGACAAAAUUGUGUGAUCUGGGAAUGGAUGUAAGUGUCUGUUCAGUAGGCUGGGCACAGCGUGGCACACAUCUUGCUGUUGGAACUAGUAAUGGAAAACUCCAGAUUUGGGAUGCAUCUCGCUGCAAGAGAGUGCGAACUAUGGAGGGUCAUCGGUUACGUAUUGGAGCUCUAGCCUGGAGCUCAUCCAUGUUGUCUUCAGGUAGUCGGGAUAAAACAAUUCUUCAACGUGAUAUACGUGCUCAGGAUGAUUUUGUUAAUAAGCUCGCUGGACACAAGUCAGAGGUUUGUGGAUUGAAGUGGUCUUAUGAUAACCGUGAGUUAGCAUCAGGAGGAAAUGAUAAUAGACUUUUUGUUUGGAAUCAACAUUCAACUCAACCUGUCCUAAAAUACUGUGAGCAUACAGCAGCUGUAAAAGCCAUAGCAUGGUCCCCCCAUCUUCAUGGUCUUCUUGCAUCUGGGGGUGGUACAGCAGACCGCUGCAUUCGAUUCUGGAAUACAACCACUAACUCACACCUGAGCUGCAUGGACACCGGCAGUCAGGUAUGCAACCUUGUCUGGUCUAAAAAUGUCAAUGAACUUGUAAGCACCCAUGGGUACUCCCAGAAUCAAAUAAUAGUUUGGAGAUAUCCUACCAUGUCAAAGCUGGCAACCCUUACCGGCCAUACGUAUAGAGUUCUUUAUCUUGCCAUCUCCCCCGAUGGACAGACAAUCGUCACAGGAGCAGGAGAUGAAACACUUCGGUUUUGGAAUGUCUUCCCUUCUCCCAAAUCACAGAAUACUGAUAGUGAAAUUGGAGCAUCAUCCCUUGGAAGAACUCAAAUCCGAUGACUCUUUGGGAUUGAUGUGUAUCGAGUUAGCAGCUUUUGCACUUGCUUGGGCCAUGGCAGGAUGAGGAGAAAGGUAAUAACUUGUCAAGAUGACGAGCUCAUCAGAUUAGUCCACUGGAACCAACACCCAUACAAGAAAAUUUGCAUGAACCUGAAAAAGCAAAGAUCUGAGCGGAAGUUGUAGAUUAUGCCUGCAUUCUUGCAAAUUGAUUAUUGUUAGUUUUCCCUGAAUGGUUAUACAAUGUAUAGUGGGAAGCGGUGUCAGCUACUCUUAACUGCCGCUCAUCCAUCCUAUAAUUAAGAAUGUUUCAAUGAUCAGAUGUAGCACGGUUCUUGAAAGUUUAUGUAAAUAAAUUAGUUUUCUUUCACAUUUCUGCCUCCCUGAA